UUACUGCACUGGCCAGAAUAAGUUGGAUCUCGUCUGUCUUCACUGAAAUCCAAAAUCAUAUCAAAACUAUGGCGGUGUUGAAAAUAAGAAAAAUGAGCUGCUUUGGGGUUUGGACCUUUCCUGUAAUAGUGGCAGUGGUCUGUGCGCAAAGUGUCAAUGACCCUAGCAAUAUGUCAAUCGUAAAAGAAACUGUGGAUAGACUGUUGAAAGGAUAUGACAUUCGCUUGAGGCCGGAUUUCGGAGGUCCCCCUGUGGGAGUGGGGAUGAAUAUAGACAUAGCCAGCAUAGACAUGGUAUCUGAAGUCAAUAUGGACUAUACAUUGACUAUGUAUUUCCAGCAAGCUUGGCGAGACAAGCGGUUAUCCUACUCAGAGAUUCCCCUCAAUCUCACCCUGGAUAACCGGGUAGCGGAUCAGCUGUGGGUCCCGGACACCUACUUCCUAAAUGACAAGAAGUCUUUUGUCCAUGGUGUCACUGUGAAAAACAGAAUGAUUCGACUGCAUCCAGAUGGCACUGUGCUCUAUAGCCUGAGGAUCACCACUACAGCAGCUUGUAUGAUGGACCUGAGACGAUAUCCACUGGACGAGCAAAACUGCACAUUGGAGAUAGAGAGCUAUGGGUACACCACUGAUGACAUAGAGUUCUACUGGCGAGGAGGUGACAACGCUGUGACGGGGGUGGAGAGAAUAGAACUCCCCCAGUUCUCCAUUGUGGACCACAAACUCAUCUCCAAGAAUGUUGUCUUCUCUACAGGAUCCUACCCCCGACUCUCCCUCAGCUUCAAGCUAAAAAGGAACAUCGGCUAUUUCAUCCUGCAGACCUACAUGCCCUCUAUCCUGAUCACAAUCCUCUCCUGGGUCUCCUUCUGGAUCAACUAUGACGCCUCUGCUGCCAGAGUGGCUUUAGGAAUCACCACUGUGCUGACCAUGACCACCAUCAACACUCACCUGCGGGAGACCCUUCCUAAAAUCCCUUAUGUCAAGGCCAUUGACAUGUACCUGAUGGGCUGCUUCGUCUUCGUUUUUCUCGCCCUGCUGGAAUACGCCUUGGUCAACUACAUCUUCUUCGGCAGGGGACCCCAGCGCCAGAAGAGGGCGGCUGAGAAAGCAGCUGUCGCCAACAACGAGAAAAUGAGAAUGGAUCCAAACAAGUGGUUGGUGGGAAAUGUAGUUCAGAGAGACGAUACUCUGUAUGCGAGAAUGAAACAGAGGGAUAUUGACGCUCAUGACUCAAUGUGGGAACCAAUCUUUGUGGAUGACGCAGCGAUGGGACUAGGCGAUCAAAAGAAUAAGAUGGACCCACAUGAAAACAUUCUACUGGGCACAAUAGAAAUUAAGAAUGAGAUGGGAGCGUCGGAGUUGACUCUUGGUCUCAGUGACCCCAGGAGCACAAUGUUAACUUAUGACAGCUCCACCCUGCAGUACCGCAAAGCAGGGCUGCAGGCCAGGCACAACUUUGGACGCAACACCCUGGAGCGGCAUGUGACUCAGAAGAAGAGCCGGCUACGGAGGCGUGCUUCCCAGCUGAAGAUUAACAUUCCUGACUUAACUGAUGUAAACUCUAUCGACAAGUGGUCGAGAAUGAUCUUCCCCACUGUAUUUUCCUUGUUCAACAUUAUCUAUUGGCUCUACUACGUUAACUAAAUGGACUUCAGCAAGGGCAGAACAAAACAUACAACAAAAAUGUUGCUUGUAUUUCUCUGAAUUGGUAUUUUGGUGUUUGUUCCUGCAACACAAGACUGAAUUACUGAAACAAAAUCAGGACUGAUUCCAUUUGAGCUUGGAACACCUUAAUUGCUGGCUAACACAUGAAAACCUUAGAGGAGAGAAAGAUUCAGAACAUAUAUGGUGCCUGUACCAGAGUUUUUGUUUAUGAUUUAGAUGAUUUAGUGAAUAUAGUAUUUUAUCAUUUUAAAGUGUUUGUUUGCAUAUAUUUUUGUUUUAUUUGUACAAUCUAUAUUUCAUUUGUUGCCAAAACAUAGUUAGAAAUAUUAAUGAUAUAUUGAUUUUAAAAUGACUCACAGACCACAAAGACAUUCCUUAAUACAGCUACAAGCACAUUCAGGUCAAUCUUUUCUAAGGUGUAUUCAUUCAAAGAGACAGAUGUGAUGUUAUUUAUCCUACAAUUGAUUUUGUCUUUAUAUUGUGACGUUUCCAUUUUCAUAGUAUUGCUAUAUGAAGUCAUAGCAUGAGGGUUUUAUGAUGAACCCACCUUUUCUACGUUGAUAUAGUUGACCAAUCAUAAGCUUUCCUUUAAGCAUUAUUUCAAUUCUAAGCAAACAUUUGAUAUUUCAAACAACAGAAACUAACAUCAUUCCAAACCUUGACCGAAGAAACUAGAAGUUCAAGCGUAUAGACGAUUCACAUUGAAUGCUAUAGCACACCGUACAGAGAAAUGUAUCACUAAGUGUAUCAAAUGUAUCACUUGAUUGAUAACAUGUCAAGCCCCCUGUCAACUGAGAGGUUGAAUAUAUUGCAAAAAAGGGGGACAGAAGAAGAGCGAGAGACUGAGAAAGAGAAUGCUGUGCAUUAGUCAUCAAUGCAGUUCACGAGUCAGUGAUACAGGGAUAGAUGCUGUAUGUGAUCAAAAGGUAUCUUGAAGAUAGAUACACAAAUGUGUAUCUUAAUAUUGUCCUUUGUCCAUUUUAGUCCUUUGUUCACAUAUCCUUAAGAUUACAGGAUACAAUGAUGUAUUUGUUCAUGCUUGCUCUUCAUAUAGACAUACCGAAACACA